AUGUGUGGCAUCCACGCCUCCGUCACUCGUGGUGUCGAGAGAGCGCGCGUCUCGGACGACCUGACGCGAUGCCUUGCCUGCCGCGGUCCCGAUCAUCUUGGGAACUUCCAGGAGACCGUCCAACUCGAGGGCUCUGCACCCAUCACGCUAUCCUUCACCUCGACCGUUCUGGCUCUUCGCGGCGACCACGUCACGCCGCAACCAUUCCGAGACGACGUGGGAGGCUCUGUUUUCUGCUGGAACGGCGAGGCGUGGAGGGUUGAUGGCGGAGCGCUCGACGGGAACGACGGCGAGCUCAUCUUUGCGCGCUUGGAGGGUGCUCGCGCGACUGCAUCAUCGUCCGAAGAAGCGGUUCUAGGAGUGCUGCGCGCCAUCGAAGGGCCGUUUGCCUUUUUGUUCUUCGACAGGGCGUCGUCCAAGGUGUACUACGGGCGCGACCGCCUGGGACGGCGAUCUCUUCUUCAGCGACAGGAUGCAGGGCUGGUUCUGGCCAGUGUCGUAGGCGACACAGAUCCCAGCUGGUCCGAAGUCGAGGCCGAUGGUAUCUACGUGUUCGAUUUGCAGACAUGGGCCGAAGGUCGGGACGUAGCUGGAUCAGUAUCUCGUUAUCCCUGGUUAGGCAGCUCAGAGAAAGACUUGGUGCUCGACAUUGGCGUUUUCAACACGGCUCUACCAGAUGGCGAGCCGGCUCCGUUGGUCCCUGAAUCCGCAGCUGUGCAGAUGCUCCGCCAGCAACUUAGAGACUCGCUGGCACUGCGUGUUCUGGACAUACCAAACCCUCCCCAUUCAGGGACGGAACUUGCUAUCACGGAUGAUGCGAGGGUAUCUGUACUCUUCUCCGGCGGCUUGGACUGCACGGUCCUUGCGCGCCUUGCGAGUGACUUACUCCCGCCCGAUCAGGGUAUCGACCUCUUGAAUGUUGCGUUCGAGAACCCCCGUGUGGCCGGUACGCGGCGUAAGGACGCCACCAAAAGUAUAUACGAGAUCUGCCCUGAUCGGGUCACGGGCAGAAAGUCUUUCGCCGAGCUCGUCCAGGUGUGUCCAGCAAGGAGGUGGAGAUUUGUGGCGGUUAAUGUCCCCUACACCGAGACUCUCGCUCACAGGAGCCAAGUCGUAUCUUUGAUGUACCCGCACAGGACGGAGAUGGACAUUUCAAUAUCUUUCGCCCUUUACUUUGCAGCCCGCGGCGUCGGCGAAGCUCAGGCCAUGCCUUCCAGCGAGCCAGUGCCCUACGCCACGCCCGCCAGGGUGCUGCUGUCGGGCCUCGGCGCGGACGAGUUGUUCGGUGGCUAUUCUCGACAUGCCGUUGCCUUUGAGCGAGGAGGCUACCAGGCUCUGGUUGACGAACUGAAGCUCGAUGUUGGACGCCUCGGCGAGCGCAAUUUGGGCCGCGACGACAGGAUCAUGGCACAUUGGGGUCGCGAGGUCCGAUUCCCAUUUCUGGACGAACGACUGGUCAAGUGGGCUGUCGAAACUCCAGCAUGGGGCAAGUGUGACUUUAAUCACCCACAGACCGAGACUAUGGUCGAGCCUGCAAAGCGGGUGCUCAGGCUUCUGGCCGAGGAGUUGGGCAUGCGGUCCGUGGCACGGGAAAAGAAGCGGGCGAUUCAAUUCGGAGCGAAAACGGCCAAGAUGGUCAGUGGGCAGUCCAAGGGCACCGACCUCAUCCUAGAGUUUGCUUCUUGA